AUGAAGUCCAUAGCAGCUCUGUCUACGUUGGCCGCCUGCGUCUUCGCACAGGCCCCCGCCUACUUCAGCGUCAUAUCUUCCCGCAGCGCCUCGCCCAUCCACUUCCUUCCUCUGCAAGCCAACGGCGGGAAGUUCUUCCUCGGUGGAACCGCCUCAGGGUACUGCCCUUCCGCCGCCAUCGGCAAUGAGACAUGCGCCCACUACCCCGGGAACACAACCACGCUUGCAGGCGGAAAUGUGUCGCUCAGCCUGGGUGUUGUUGUUCCGGGUGGACAGCAAGAUGGUACCUUGAGCUACACUGUAGCACACUCUGCCUACAUCCCCGAAGGCAGUGUGCUCGACGGCUGGAAUAAAACGGAGCGCAACGACGGAAGCAACCUCGGCAGUCUCUCCUUCGACGAUGGAUUAGUCGCGUGUCCUAGGAACGAGACGGAGUCGUGGCAGGUGUAUGGUCAGAUUGCGAACUUCACGGCGCCGAGCGAUGGGUGCUUGGGCUUCAGUGCGGUCACUUGUAAGUUUGUGUAG